AGAUGAGCUCCUCAGUUCACAACACACCUCGCUGCCGUGAGGACCUCUGGCCGAGUGACUCCUAAGAUACAUGGAUUAAUAUCCCUUAUCCAUCUAUCCUGCUGAGUGUCUGUUGGAGUGACAGUGUGGAAGAGCGCCCCUUGAAUUCCCCGAGUGACCAACAGGAGCAAGACAACAGAUUAACGGUAGAAAUAACGGCGAUAAACAAGAGCGUCUCAGUACAGGUUUGCGAGGUCAACACCAUGAGGGUCAUAAACAGCGGACAACCACAGACAAAUGUGGACCCCGUCGAUGAGGGACACGGCGAGUUGUGGGAUGGUAGAGCGACUCGCUUCAACAACAGAGACGAGCGGACCAACGUCCAGACAGUCAACAGUGACCGUCCACCGCCGGCCUACCCGUGUCAGGAAGUGUGUAUACAGUGCGGCAAGAAGGUGACGGAGGCGGACAACGACGCAGACGUUACCAUCACCCAACGAGGCCCCGAGUCCGGCCCGGGUUGUCCCUGCGAGUGCCACAAACAGUUACAGAGCGACAAGUUAACGGAGGCGGUGGAUCAGGUCUCUCAGGGCCACAUACCCCCCGCCGGCCCUCGCUGCCUCCCGGGAUGUGGGUAUUCUGGUCUGCCGUGUUAUAACUGCAGUUUACUUCAGGAGCACCUAGAGCCAGAGGGCACGACGACCUCCAGUCAGUCCCAGACGUUCUCCCCGCAAAUCUAUACGAUCGAGCUGAUGGAACCGCCGUCGGGGAGCAAUACACAAGGUUCUGGGUCUCGUCACCGGGACAACGCGACGGAGAACACGAUGUUGGCCAGGAACAGAAAAAGGACGUGUUUCUCCAUAGUAGCUUUUGUUAUUGCUAUAAAUGUGGUCGUUGGCAUCUUCAGAAUGUUGAUGGGGACCAGAAAUCACUACGGCUACUAGAGGUUACCAUGACUACUAGAGGGAGAACGGAUCGGCGGACUGUACGUUGGUGGACACGUCACUGUUCAUACCUUAGACAGACACCUUUAUUAUUUACGCCAGAUGUAUUAGUAUGUCAUUGAUGUAAUUUGCUCUUUUUUUACUUUGACAUUUACUACAGGUUUAUACACGACAGAAAAUGAUUUACGCUGUAGAAUUUAUACCAUGAGGCAAGGCUGUAUCGAGUGAAUGGAAGGAAUAACAUCAGUGUUGGUCAAGGUGUUCGAGGAGAAGGGGCCAUUGAGUCAUCCAUAACCAGAUAUAAAAGCCAAAAAAACAUCAAUAAAUUAUCUGUCUCGUGUAAUUUGGCUACACCGUUAAUUGGUUAUAUACGCCUCAGAGACGACCAGAGGUGACGGGGGGUGGUUACAGAUGCCUUAUGACCCCUCCCUCCUUCUCCUCUCCCCCAACCUAGAUACAGCCCUGUGUGUUCAGUAUUACAUUAGUGGUUUAUAAUAGAAAGUUUUGUACUGUAUAAAGUCAUUUACCCUAAACUACUAACAAACUGAACUGAUGAAUUAUAUUAUUAUUGUUCCUUUAUAUUCUAUUCAACUAUUCAAUAAAGAUCUUUUUAUUAACUGAAAAA